UUUGUCAGCAUUGCAACUGCACAAAUCCACAUGCAUAACUUGUGCAUACAUAUGUAUGUCUGCCAAACAAGUACAUAAUAAAUACAAGCUGUAUGUGUACAAUUAAUUACAAUUGCUGAGACAAGAGUCUAAAUAUGUACAUACCGUUAUCAGUGAAAUAUUAUUUAAUUUUUUAUGUUUUCGUGUCUCUUCGAGUGCAAAUAUAUGCGUCAAUAGCGGAAAACAGUGACAAUCGUCGGCAAAUUUCUCAACAAGUUCACAAUUUAGCGCUUUUUCUAGCAUUUUUUUCAUUAUUAUAUUCAGUUCAUUUAACCUACUAACGAAGCAAAACAAUCGAACAGUGUACUUAUAAAUCUCAGCCGCAUGUUGCCAACAAAGUCAGUUCAAUUUUGAACAUCACGAGCGUUGAAAGUAAUAUCACUGCUACACUUUAUGAUUUCUUGCAAGUGCAUACAAAUGUAUAACCGGUCAUUUGUUAAAUUUUUUAGAUUUAACUCAAAAGUGUUGUUUUACUGAUAGUAAAAAUAGAAUAUAUUUAUACGCAUAAUUAAGCGUGUAACAGUGUCAAAAAGUAUUUAAACAAAAUUUACCCAGUGCGGAAAGGACAAUACUUUUUUAUUAUUGCUUAAACAAAAUAAGCUUGAAUGGUGGUUAUAAAAAGUGACGAAUAUUCAAACAUACUGAAUUUGCUAAGAAAACGAAAUUGUUUACAAGACUUAUUAAAAAGUGACUUUACAGUCCACAGCGAAUCACAUUUCACCGACAAACGCAUUAUUUGUGAUAUACUAAACAAUUGUGAAGACUGUUCAAAAAUGGCCGCUUUGCCACAAGGAGCUUUUGCCGCACGUAAAUUGCGCGAAUUAAAUGAUAGGGACUUACUGAUAGCUCGCAUAAAGUGCAAUACUGAUAAAAAUGAAACAAAAAAUAUUAAUACUAAUAAAAAAUUGACUGAGUAUACACCGGCAAAAUAUAAUGAUAAGUUGAUGAAUUCUAUUUGGGGUUUCUACAAUCGUUAUUCUCCUCACAAUAUAAAAGGCAACGAAUACGAAUUUUCGGAAAAAGCUUAUAUUAUGCAACAGCACAUUGCUGUUGCAUCCUACGCUAUUGCUGAAGAUUUGGCAAUGGCUUUACGUUCCGGCAAGGAAUGGGAUUUACGUGAGAAGUAAAGCAAGACUUUCUUUUAAUAUUGCUUAAAAUUUGGCGCAAAAAUUUUUUACAGUUUCAAUUAAAAUUUAUGAAUUUCUGUACUCUUAUUAUAUAUAUGUAAAUAUUCACUAUGUUAAAUGAUCAGCAAUUUUAUAAAUUGAUAUAUAUAAACGAAAAUAUAUUGAAAGCAUAUGACAGCAUUAAAAAUG